AUGGACUACGGUGGUGGCUACUCUACGACGUCAUAUGGAGCUCAAGGCGGGGCAGGUGGAGGAGGCUUCAUGGGAGGUUCUCAAGGUGGGAGCCAAGGUGCAGCUGGAAAGGGCACAUAUGGCAAAGACACCCUUAGACCCGUCACCAUAAAGCAAGUCCUCGACGCACAACAACCACAUCCAGACGCAGAAUUUAAGAUCGAUGAUGUCGAAAUCACACAGGUCUCCUUCGUUGGCCAAAUCCGCAACAUAUCCACGCAAACAACAAACAUAACCUACAAACUCGACGACGGCACCGGCACCAUAGAAGUGAAACAAUGGAUCGACGCCGAUGCUACUAUGGACACCACGUCUGACUCCGCCACAUCGAAACCAAAGCUCGUCGAGAACGAAUGGGCCCGUGUCUGGGGCCGCCUGAAGGCUUUCAACAAUAAACGCCACGUCGGAGCCCACGUUAUAAGACCUGUUGCUGAUAAGAUGGAGAUUACAUACCACCUUCUAGAAGCAACAUUCGUCCAUCUCUACUUUAUCAAAGGCCCGUUGGAUCAGAUAAAAGCAGAGGGCGGCGGGGCCAAUGGUAACGCAGGUGAAGUCGGCUAUGGUGGUGGAGGAGACACAGGGAUGAACGGAGGACAGAUGCCGAAUGUCAGCGUGGCAGCGAGGAGAGUGUACCAGACGCUGAAGGACAGUCCACAGAACAAUGAAGGACUGCACGUGCAGAACGUAGCCGCGCUGGUGGGCAUGAACGUUGCGGAUGUGAAGAAAGCUGGGGACGAGCUGCUGAGCCACAGCAUGAUUUUCACGACGGUAGAUGAUGAUACGUGGGCGGUGCUGGAAUUUUGA